GAAUAGCACCAUCAUUCUCAUCAAAAACCAAAAUCUUAUCCUAUUUUGAGUAGAAAAAAUGAGUUCCAAAUUGCUUCUUCUUCUCAGCCUGGUCUUGGCUGUGGCUCUUCUCAUCUCUUCAGAUGUAGCUUCAGCUAGAGAGCUUGCUUCCGUUAAUCCUUCGGAGGAAACCGAUGGGAACGACGGAUACAAUAGGGGCGGCCGUGGAGGCAGAUACGGAGGUGGAGGAGGUCACGGUGGCCGUGGAGGCGGAUACGGUGGACGUGGAGGGAAAGGUUACGGAGGGCGUGGAGGCAAAGGAGGGAAGUACUGCCCCAAGCCACACGGGUGCUGAGGGAAGAGCGGAUACCGAUGCUGCAGCUAUGGCGCCGAGCCUCUCAACUAAGCACUUGCUACUACUUUGUAUCCAAAAAAUGCCAUCAAUAAAAUGCAUUGGUAUAUUUGUAUCUCA